AUGAGCCCUGAGCCAGACGUGUGGCCUCCCUUUCAGGCACCGAAGAUCAUCCGCUCGAGCUCCCAAGACGCCAACAAAGAAUGCCCCUAUGUGCUCUCGAAGAAGGUCUUGGGCACAGGGUCGUACUCCAAGGUCUAUGAGUGCAGAAACACAAAAACGGGCGCCCAUUACGCCGCUAAACAGUACGAGAAGAGGCUUAUCUACGGGAUGGAAUCGCUGCUCCAGUCUGAAUUUCAGAUAUUGAAGCAGGUGUCCUUUGGCCACAAGAACAUCCUAUCACUCAUAGACUACUUUGAAACACAGAACCAUCUCUACUUGGUGACGGAUCUAGCCCUUGGCGGCGACCUUUUUGACAAGAUAUGCGAAUCCAGGGAAGGCAAACUCUCUGUGCGGGACACGAGGGACGUCUUGUCAGCAGCGCUUCUGGGGUUAAGCUAUCUACAUUCCCACAAGAUUGUCCACAGAGAUAUCAAGGCAGAAAACAUUGUCUUCGCGUCGAGCUCUUCAAAGCCUCUGCUGUUGCUUCUUGCAGACUUCGGACUUGCCGUUUUGGUGAAGGACAAUUAUUACCAAGUGCACGAGCAGGGAGGAACAUUGAGCUACAUGGCGCCCGAGUGCUUCCUUCUGUGUGCUUGCAGCUUCCCUGUUGACAUGUGGGCCGUUGGAGUUCUUACGUACUACAUGCUUUGUGGAUAUAUGCCCUUUGAUUGUGAUAGUGAUGAGGAAACAAAAGAUCUCAUCAGUAAAGCCGAUUUUAUCUUUGAGCCAACUGAAUAUUGGGAAGGCGUUCCAGAAUCUGCCAAGGACUUCAUUGCAAACUGCUUCAUUCUUGACCCCGAGAAACGAAUUACGGCGUCCGAGGCGUUGAACCACCCGUUCGUCGUAAAUGCUCCUCUUGCCAGGUCUUCCUCAAAUAAUAUUUCAAAAAUGCUUCAAGCAGCUGUAUGGAAGCUACACAGCCUUCAAAAUAUGCAAUCCCAAACGAGCUCAACGCAACUUACCCAGGGUCCCAGCAAGGUCUCAUCGGUGCUGUCAAGGCUCUCAUUGAACAAUCUUCCUUCGUCCUCAAUUGCAUCACCCUCAAUCGAUCGUCUUCUUGGAGAAAGGUGUUAUUCGCCACAUAUUGUAUCUAGUUUCUGUACCCCUGUCGGCUCGAAUCAAGUCUCACCAGUUAAUUCUCUGACACAUUUACGAACUCCUGAGUUGGAGAAGUCUCGCAUGGCCUUUAUUCCUUCGGGAAAGAAUAAGGCUACUUUCAUAAUAUAA